UAAUAUUUCUGUUCUUUAAUAAUUAAUUUUUAAUUUUCACUUUAAAUUAGUUUAGUUUUUAUGAAAAUUCACUUAACAGAGUAAUAUUAUGAUUCAUUUAAAUAAAUAAAUUUGUAAAAUCCAUGAUAUUAUAUUUGUGAUUGAAGAAAUUGUUAAUAAAAUUAAAAUGUCAGUAUCAUUUAUUGCAUCUUCAUUAAGGUUCACAAUGUUUGAACCUUUAAAGUAUUCAAAAUUAAAUUCAGUUAUAUUCAAUUUUGUGAGAAACAAAUGGAAUUUCACACAUAUGGAGUUACCAGAUCCUAAAUCUAGAAAUUUCAGGCGUGAAAUUGAAUGGCCUGAAAAAUACACUAUUAAACCAUUAAAUAAUAAACAUUUAGCUGGUAGAGAUCCUGUUACUGGGAGAGUUGUUGUUAAAGGCCUAGGAGGUGGUAUUAAACAAAAGUAUCACUGGGUAGAUCUAAAACGAUUUGGACCUACUGGAGAAAAUGAUUCGCCAAGAAUUGAUAAAGUUUUAGAAAUACUAGACUGUGGUUGUCGGACAGCUAAAGUUGCUUUAGUUGGUUGUGGUACAAAUUUAAAGUAUAUAUUGGCAACAGUCAACAUGAAACCAGGAGAUUUAUUAAAGACAUCAGGAUUCAUUCCACGUAUUCCUGUGAAUCCAAAUGAAGGUGAUUGUUAUCCACUUGGUGCUUUAUCAAAAGGUACACUGGUACAUUGUAUUGAAAAGUUACCUGGCCAAGGCGGACAUUUUGUUAUGGCUGCAGGAUCUUCUGCUACAAUUUUGAGACAAGUAGAUGAUAGAGUUAUAAUUCAAUUACCAUCAAAGCUACAAGUUUCAUUAUCUAAACAUUGUAUGGCUACAGUUGGUCAACUAUCAAAUGAAAAUCAUUUUAAGGAACAUAUUGGUAGCCCUAAUCGUAAUCGUGAACUGGGUAAUCGACCUCGUUCAGGUUUAUGGCAAAGAAAAACUGGUCGUUUUGGAAGAAAAAUCAAGCCUCUACCACCAAUAAAGAUUAUAAAUGAAGAAACUAAAGAAAAACCGCCAAAAAUUAAUUUGUGUAUAAGUAGCUUAUUUUAAUUUUAUUUAACAUUUAUUAUAUUCAUUUAUUUGUUGUAUAUAAAAAUUGAAAAUAAACGCCUUGGAACUGUACAAAA